AUGGAUGAAGACCUUUUCCUCUCAAAAGCUUUCUCCAGCUCUCUUCAUCCUAGCAAAAUUGUUCCCUUCUUUUAUCGAGCUUCGGGUCGCUUCGACCGAGAGGAUAUUACGAUCACGACGAUUAUCACGAGCAAUAGGUUCCAAGUCUUUGCGCGCCUAGUCGAGAGAUACAGAGGACCUAUCUCGGUGACUAUACAUGUCAAUAAUGACACAACCCACAUUCUUGACCUUCUAGAUUCCCUUGAAACGCUCUACACAUCGUCACCGCAAAUGUCGCGUUUCGUCGAUGUACACUUGGUAGUCGACUUCUUUGACCGCCAGUUCAACACAUGGAGAAAUAUCGCGCGCCUCUUUGCUCGUACAGACUUCGUUAUGAUGCUCGACAUCGACUUUUACCUCUGUACAGACUUUCGUUCUGCUAUCAGAAACAGCAGAUCCAUCAUGGCAAAACUGAAAGAAGGACGCGCCGCACUCGCACUCAAGUCCCUUAUCGAAACUAAACAAAUUGACAUGUUCCAUGCGUCUUGGGCACCGGGCCAUAAUAGCACUGACUAUGGAAGAUUUUACGCCGCUUCCCCUGGAGAAGUAUAUCAGGUGACGCAGUAUCAAGCCGCAUAUGAGCCUUAUGUGAUAUUCAAAGCUGACGGUCCUCCUUGGUGCGAUGAGCGUUUCGUCGGAUACGGCGGUAACAAGGCUGCCUGCUUGUACGAGAUGUAUCUCUCCGGAAUCUCCUUUUACGUCCUGGCAGAUCAUUUCCUAAUCCACCAAAGCCAUGCGUACGAAGAGGCUAUCCGUAAGAAUGAGCGCAAGUUCAACAGAAAGAUAUAUAGCGACUUCAAGGAGGAAGCAUGUUUGAAGUAG